CGGCUGUUUUUUAAGUCAUAUUUCGUUAAAUUAAUCCCCGUUUCAUACAUGUUUAUAAAUACUUAAAUAUUACAAUGUUAAAUAUGCAUAAUGGUAUAGUUUUACGUACGAAGUUUCAAUAAUGAUAAUUCAAAAUUUAUUGAAGAAAGUAGUGAAUGUAUCAGAACUAACUCGUCCAGUAUUUAUAUAAUCUCGUUAACCUCCUAAUUGGAAUACAAAUUUCAUCAAAAUGACAAAUGUAAGAGAUAUCGAAUGGCCUUACGAAUAUAGUGAUUUGAAGAGAAUCGAGGAUUUUAUGAUCUGUGGAAUUUGUUAUGAAUAUAUGGAAACUUCUGUAAUGACGCCUUGUUCUCAUAAUUAUUGUUCUCUUUGUAUUAGAAAGUAUUUGCAUUAUAAGACCCAGUGUCCUGUUUGUUUUCAUGUUCUGUAUGAAAAAGAUUUGUAUAUAAAUCGUGCUAUGGACGAAAUUAUUCAACAUUAUUUACAGCUUAGAAUAAAACUGCUUCAUCUGAUCGACAAUAAAAAUACAGAUAAUAUAGCAGUUUCAGAAAUAGAUCCAAAUACCCCUCCAAUGAGACCAGCUCGAAACAAUCAAUUUUGCAAAUCUCCUAAAGUAUCAGAAACGACGAUUCAGGGAUUAAUUAAUUCGACGGUUAGUUCAUCGGUCGCCACUGCCCCUCAAUGUAGCACUAGUAAUCCAAGUAUAAACGAUUCACCCAAAGUUGAACAAAAUAUUGCAAAAAUUUUUAAUACUCCUAAAAAAAGAGAGGUCUUAUCGACAUCGAUUGUCAGUACAAAAACUGUAUCGUGUCCUGUAUGUAGCGUAGAAAUAUCGGAAACGCACAUCAAUACCCAUUUAGAUGCUUGUCUUAAACGAGAAUCCAGUGAAAGUAGAAUUAAAAAUAAAAGAAUUAUAACCAAACGACCACUUCUACCGAAACUUGUCCUUCGAGUAAUGAAGGAUGCAGAAUUGCGUAAAAAAAUGAAAGAAUUUGGCCUAUCAAGUCAGGGUGAUAGAAAGACCUUAGAAAAUCGAUUUACUAGAUACUCUAUAAUUUAUAAUACCGAAUGUGAUAAAUUGGUACCUCGAGCCGUCGCUGAUUUAAUAAAACAAUGCGAACUUGAAGAAAAACAAGAGCGAAAAAUGGAUAGUUUUUUAUUAUCCGCAUCUACAUUAAAUAGAUUACAAAUUGAGAAGAAUGCCAAUGAAGAAAAAAUAGAAGAAGCUCAAAAAAGUUAUAGGCAUGCGAAUAAAUCCAGCUUCGAGAAACUUAUUGAAGAUGUUAAAAGUCGAAUUGAAAUAAUGAAGGAAAAGCCAACUAUCGAAACGAGUAAUUGCAAUAGUAAACCGUCCACCUCGAUGAACGACAAUAAUCUUUCAGAAUGUACUAGAGAAUAUGAAGAAAGUAUUUUUAAACCAUCAUCCGAUGAUGCAUUUCAGGACAUUGAUUCGGAUGAAUCUUAUCCACUACAGCAAUAUAGAAGUGAUGAUCCACUAAAAUACAAUUCGAUAAAUUUAAACAAUUCGACGUCUAUGAGUUCUCCAGAGAGUCCCAUUAAAACUUCAGAAAAAAGUUCUUGGAGUAAAGAGACUGUAAAAUCACCAAUGGUUCACGAAAAGAUUUUUAAUAAAUCAGAUGCGGUACAAGCGGAUGAUGAGUCGACCGACGAUGAUAUAGAAACUAGUCCGGUACUGAAUAAAAAUUUAAAUCGAAAGAAGUUUAAAUUAUCAAGAAAAUUACAAACUUUUAAAUCUGCCGAAAUGCCUCAACGUGUAUCAAAUAACUUGACAGAUACAGAAAAUCAUAGAAUUGUAGCUAGAAAUUUAUGCAAUGACAUUAUUAAUGAUUAUUCUGUUGAUAAACGUAACGAUAAUAGAUCCAGUAAAUUUGUAGAGAAACUUCAUACAAAUGAGAGGAGAGGGACCGGUGAGAGGCUAAUGGAUAGUGUAAGAUUAAGUGAGAUUAAGGUUGAGGAGAAAGACGUUUUUUUAUAUAAUAUGAAAUUAUUUCGACAAAGCGUAAAUUCCACAACUUCUUCCAAUGAUUUGUGUAGCUCAGUUAAUGAUAAGUCAUGUCUUAUGUCAAGCGAUGGUCACGAUGAAUUUGUAAAUACGUGUAAGGGGAAGAGUAUCGUUGAUGAGAUCCUACGAACUUCAUAUUCAUCGGAUCUAAUGAAAUUUCCUGCAUACAUAAUAAUUGCAAUAUCGAUCGUUUAUGUUGCAGGUAACGUUGAUUCCAAACAAGUAGAGGAACAAAGAAUUAGUGAAAUUCUGGAAAUUUCCGAAGGCGUAGAUAAUACGAGACUGGAAAAAGAAAAUGAUGCUCCUUUUAUAAACGAGAAUUGUAAAUUGACUUUCGAAAACGAAAUUCCAGUGUGUCGUCCAUUAAGGAAAAGUAAUCGUUUGUCCAGUAAAUCACACGGUAAUUUAAUCGACAAGUCAUCGAGUGCCAACGAGGAAACAAGUAACUUUAAAAGCGUCGUUACCUCGGACGGUUCAUUAAAGCGUCGACGAGGUCGACCCAAAGUGAAUUUAACAGAUUAUCCGUUUGACGAGUCGCUGAAUUCACCUAAAAGACCAGCACGUCGUCGUCAGGCAAUCGUAGAUCGUAAUGUAAAUUAAUAGUCGUUUACCAUGAUUUAGCUGGACAUUUGUACUGCCGAAGAUCUUUCUAAGUUCCUUCCUAAGA